AUGACCUCUUUGAGCAAUCUCAAGCAGCUCCUUCGGCGCCGUGCCGCGGAAGGUGCACUUUUUCCAAGAAAACCAUUGUCCGAUGAAGAAUACAGUGCCGGGUUCAGUAUUCUAGUGGGUGGCCCCGGAGAGUCGACGUAUGAAGAGUUCAUUCUCCCUCAGUUAUCCCAGCUUCUCGCGCCUCUCUUCUACUCAAGAACUCAUGUUUCUGUGCUGGAAAUCGGACCCGGUCCUGAAAGUGUACUUGAGCGUCUACCCGGCAAUCUGAGACGGAAAAUCAAGCAAUAUACUGCUUUUGAGCCCAACGUUCUGUUCGCCGCGGGACUGGAAGAGCGACUCUGUUCUCUUCCAGAGCCUUUCCUCUCUCUGCAAAAUCCUCCAGCUGUUCAUCGAGUCCCUUUCACCCUGAAUAGCCAUGUUGGGAGCGGUUCAAGCCCUGACGCGACUGGCGUCGCCCAGAAGUUCGACAUCAUACUGUUCUGUCACAGCAUGUACGGUAUGAGGCCCAAGUACCGAUACAUAGAAGAGGCGUUGGGAAUGCUUGUCGAGCAACACAAAGACGGAAUGGUUGUUGUUUUCCACCGAGAUGCAACGAUGGACUUCAACGGCUUAGUGUGCCAAAAGACGGUCACCUUUCCCACCUGGGUUACCCAAAUUCUGGACAGCGACGAGAUACUGGACUGCUUUGCCUCUUUUGUUUCAGGCUUCACAAUCCAGGACACGAAUGUGGGGAGAACUCUUCAACUCGAAUGGCGCGAAAUAUGCCGGGAGCUUGGUCAGCGGCAAGGAGCAGGUCGCCUUUUAUUCAGAUCUCCCGAAGCCAUGACGGUCUUUACCCGGAGUUCACUGGAGUUGCCCAAGCUCACGGUGCAGGUGCCCUCGAUGACCGGCACUAGUUUGGUCAAGAACAGGGAGGCCCUUCUUCAUCAACCUGCCACAGUUAUGAAACCGACAAGCAUCGUUCACCUUCAGCAGUGCAUUCGAUGGGCACUGAAUCACAACGUCAGCCUGACUGUUGUUGGUGGUGGCCACAGCGGCCAGUGUCUGUGGCCUGGGAUCGUUGCUAUCGACAUGGCCGCCUUCAAUCAGGUGCAUGUUCUCGCGGCCGAGACGAAGGACGGCGAACCCGGCUCUCAGUCCGGGUGCUUGAUCGUCGCCGAGGCCGGCUGCAAAUCGGGCGAUAUUGUCAACAGAGCCCUGGCGGAAAACUUGACAGUGCCUCUCGGCGCCCGCCCAAGUGUGGGAGCCGGACUGUGGCUCCAAGGUGGUAUCGGUCAUCUGGCUAGGCUUCAUGGUCUCUCGUGCGAUGCUGUACUUGGAGCAGUGAUGGUCAGCGUCGAUUCAGGCCAGGUUUUCUGCAUCGGACAUGUGCCGUACAAUCACCAACCAGCGGGUGCCGUGCGGCCGGCAAACGAAGCCGAUCUUCUUUGGUCAUUGAAAGGGGCAGGAACAAACUUCGGCAUCGUCAUCAGCGUCACUUUUGCGGCUUAUGCAGCACCGGCCUUUUCCGUUCGAAAUUGGGUUGUUCCAGCAUGUGACAGCCUCAAAGCCCAAACCCAGCUUCACGAAAUUGGAAAUGUUGCCAGAAAACUUCCUCGGACCUGUUCGGCGGAUAUGUACCUGUACUGGGACAACGACCGGCUGCACGUUGGCGUUACAAUGUUCGACUCUGACACGACUGGGCUUCCAUCCUGUGCGACAUCAGAAUCCGACUAUGCGUCCAUGGAGAAGGUAUUGGGGCCAGCUAAGAAUCCAUGUCAUAAGCUUGUGGACAGCGUCGGUUUAUUCGAAACGGAGAUGUACAUGGCCGCUAUGCAUGGUGGGCACGGCGGCGGCAAGACCUCCUCGUUCAAGCGGUGUCUGUUCUUGGGAGGCAUCGGAGAAGCCAAGGUUGUGAGCCGCCUCGUUGCUGCCAUAGUGACUCGUCCUACGCCUCUUUGCUAUCUUCAUCUGUUGCAGGGAGGCGGUGCGAUUGGCGAUGUGGCAGAUAACGCCACUGCCUUCGGCUGUCGAUCUUGGGACUAUGCUUGUGUGAUCACGGGUGUUUGGCCCCGCGAACAAGAUGGAACUGGAGCCUCUUUCGCUGCAGUAGAAUGGGUUUACAGCGUCGCCGAGAACUUGUUACCCCUGAGUUGUGGAGCAUACGGCGCCGACCUCGGCCCGGACCCGAGAGACGCCGUGCUGGCCCGCAAAGCUUUUGGACCGAACCGGCCCCGCCUUGCCGGCAUAAAACGGAAGAUGGACCCGCAAAACGUAUUGGCUUACGCCUGCCCGCUCCCGAAAGCGCCGCAAAGGCAAAGACUCAUCCUUCUUGUGACGGGAGAUAGCUGCGCUGGUAAGGAUUAUUGCGCGGAUGUCUGGGCAGCGAUGCUCAAGGAAUGGGCUGACCAAAGCCUCACUGUUCGUGUCGCCAGCAUCAGCGAUGCUUUCAAACGGGAGUAUGCGGAAGCUACCGGAGCCGAUCUGGGUCGUCUUCUUUGCGACCGCAACUAUAAAGAGAAGCAUCGACCAGCGAUGACGACGUUCUUCGAGAAUCAAGUUCGACAACGGCCGUCCCUCCCAGAGGAGCAUUUCCUGGCCGUUGUCUACGAGGUCUCGGACACUGAUGUGCUGCUGAUCACUGGAAUGAGAGAUGAGGCGCCGGUCGCUACUUUUUCGCAUCUUGUACCGGACAGUAGGAUGCUGGAGGUACACGUCAAUGCUGAUGAACGUACGUGGCAUGCUUCUCACGCCUCUCAUGCCGAAGAUGGCGACUGUGAAACCAGCCGGAACGUCAAAUCUAAGAAGCACGAGAAGUCCAACAAGGGAUAUUGUCCCAGCUUCACGUUCGACAACAACAAAGUUGGGGACGAAGCGGCUCGAAGCUUCGCCAAGCACAUCCUGUUUCCUUUCCUCGGCGAUGACUUACAACGACUCAGUAGAAUGGUACGCUCCGCAUCCGACUUUCCACGACCUGGAAUCGAUUUCCGUCAUGUUCUCGGCAUCUGUCAGCAACCUGGUGGAUUAGAUCUCUGCUCGACUCUGCUGCAGACUCACUUCGUCGGUGACUGGGCUGAUGUCAAUGCUGUGGUAUGCUGUGAAGCUGGCGGCUACCUCUUUGCGCCUGUGCUGGCUUCUCGCGUCAAUGUGCCUUUGGUGCUAAUUCGGGAGGCUGGCAAGCUUCCUCCACCCACGAUUUCCGUUCCCAAGUUCUCGUCUCACAUCUCUUCCUCGGUGUCUAGCAAGACGGAGGGUACUAGAAUCGAGAUGGAUCGGGAUGCUGUUUGCGGUGGUGAGUCGGUUGUGGUCGUCGACGACGUGUUGGCCACUGGCGAGACUAUGUGCGCUGUACUGCAGCUUCUGAGUUCAGCUGGUGUCGAAGCUGAGCGUAUCUGUAUCAUGGUUGUUGCCGAAUUUCCUAUUCACCGUGGACGGGACCUAUUACGCAAAUGCGGCUUUGGUAGAGUGGCUAUUCAAAGUCUUUUGGUUUUUGACGGGGCUUAG